AUGAUGGGUGAAGAAAUACUAACGGAACGAAAUCAACUAUCCCGACAAGAUGCGUCGUGCUUCAGAAGCCCUCGAAGUCCUCUUGGACGGUUAAAGCGGAGAGGUAGUAUGGAAUAA